AUGCCUCUAGGUGGCAGUAAAACCGCAGAAAUCGUUUAAAAAUGCAAGCUACUGUGAAGCAAUUUCAGUCCUGCUACUCAUACAACGCAAUGCCGACACCCCUACGAACACAUAAAUCAAACCGACAUUAAUAUCUUUCGCCCACUCCGACUGAAACGCCGCCACUCACUUUCAACGCCACCCCAGCACUGUUUGCCGCCUCCCGCCGUCGACGCCCGAGCCGACUGAUAGGCUAAAAGUUCCUCAGGCUUAUUUUCGUCGACAGUGAUUGGGUGUUGAAAGUAACGGUGAAAUGCAAUCAAGUCGCCACAGAGUUUAGAGUAGAGAUAGUCCGCUGUCUGCAACUAAACUCACCUGUAAACCGGGAUUGUUGAGUCCGUUGAAUAUACACGACGGCUUUGUUAAUUUAAAUUGAGACAUUUCUGAGUUACUCCUUUCAUGGCGUCGGCUUGCCUUCAGCUCUCAGGCUUUUUCAUCAGUUUCUUCGGAUGGAUUGGAAUAAUAAUCGCAACUGCAACCAAUGAUUGGAUUGUGACUUGCAGUUACGAGGUCACCACCUGCAAAAAGAUGGACCAGCUGGGAAUUAAAGGCCUUUGGCAGGAUUGCGUGAUGUCAACGGACCUGUACCACUGCAAAGCUCUGAGCGACAUACUGUCCUUGCCUGCUUACGUCCAGACAUCCCGAGCACUGAUGAUCUCAGCUUCUAUCAUCGGCCUGCCUGCUGUCCUCCUGGUUUUAAUGUCUUUACCAUGCAUCAACUUGGGGAGCGAGCCAGAGUCAGUGAAGCACAGGCGUUCUGUGAUUGGUGGCAUACUCAUUUUAUUAAUUGCUUUAUUUGGAAUAAUAUCAACAGUGUGGUUUCCAAUUGGAGCAUACCGAGACUCAGGACUGAUGACGUUUGGCUUCUCUCUGUAUGCUGGUUGGAUCGGUUCAGCUCUGUGCUUGUUUGGAGGAUCUAUGAUCACUUGCUGUACUGGAGAGUCUCCUCAGUACAAUGAAGAUCGUUUUUAUUAUUCCAAGAAAGGAGCUCCUGCAACAUCAUCUCCAAACCAUGCUAAGAGUGCACAUGUUUAAGAGCUUUUAGUGCACAUUUGCAAUUGGAAAAUGUACAUUUGUAUAUUGCCUUUUUUACCAAGACUUUUUUGUUAUGUUAAAACCAAUUCCAGCUUUUUUUUACCAAUUAAAUAAUAAAUCAUAUCCUUUCUUUCUGAAGCCUUGAAAACAAAAAUAACAAAAAUCACCCUCUUUUAUAUAAAAUCGUUAUCUUUCCAUUGUAUCUUCCAUUGAUUUUUCUUCUAUUUAUCUAGUUCAGGGUCACGGGAAAGCUGGUUCUUAUCCCAUGAGUGUUGGGUGCAAGGCUGGAACACACUGACACAAGCACAAUCACACUCUUUCCCAAAACUAAGGGCCCAUUCACACCUAAUUGUUUUCUGGCAUUUCAAUGCUGAAUCAGAUCACUCCUAAACCACCUAAAAAGUUAUUUCCCAUUAUUUUCAAUGACUUUGUUAGCACCAUUUUUACAGCAAGCAAUUUAGGAAACUCCUGCAUACAACAGUUUCAGCCAAACACUUCUUCCAAUGAAAUCAAUAAGAACAUUCCUAAAAUGUUGGUUAAACAAAAGAAGGGCGUUCUUGGAUAAGCUGGUAUUGUUGUGCAUGCGAGUCCUUUGGUUGUCUAAUGGCAGCUAUUGAGGGAGCGGACAAGUGUCCAAAUAUCUUACAAUCAUGUGAUUGAGUCAAGAUGCAGGUAUACAUUUAGUUUUAACUAGGUUAAAGUUCAGUAAGAUAUUUUAACAUAAGGGCAGAGUGGUAGUGCAGAGCUGGCAUUCCUUCCAUAUAACACCAACUGUAUGGGGUUUGCAUGUUCUGCCCAUACUUUUCUGGAUUGUUUGCUAUUAGUGAGUGUGUUUAACUGAGUAGUAUUGCCCAUUUUAACAGUGAAUACUGGAAAUGUGUCAGUAAUACUUUUCAGUAAAGGAAAAACUAGGUUAGUCCUUCCUGUAGUAAAUAACAUCCAGCUCUUUUUUCAAUCUGCAAUCUGAGCCCAUGGCUGAGUAUUAGCUUCUCUGGCACCAGAUCACACUUUUUCAAAAUAUAUUUAACAAAUAACUCAAUUAAACCUAAACAGAUACUUUAAUAACAGUGGUGGACAGAGACACACAUUCUAGGUGGAGCUGUUUGUUUCUUAUUCAGACAGUUUCAUUAACCAUCCCAAUAAGACUUCAAUACAAACUGCAGGAUACCAAGUGAAAUAGUCAGUCAAUUUAACUGGCAUUUUAAAAAAUCAGCAGAUUAGUAAUAAUAAUUAAUUCAUUACAUCUGUAUAGCGCAUUUUCCACUACUCAAAGUGCUCCAUGAGGGUAGGAUCCGGUAUGUGAACCCAUGAUCUUGCUACUGCGAGGACGGCAGCGCUACCAUUGUGCCACCAAAAAUGAAACAUAUAGCCUGCAGUAAACAAUAAAAUUAGCAAAGACACCAUUAAGACAAAGUAUUAGGAAUUUCUAGAGUGCAAUAUGAUGAUGAUGUCAUAUGUUAAGGUCAACUAUAUCCAAAGGAAAAUGGGAUUAGGAUGGAUAUGUAUGUGUGUGUGUGUUUAUGUGUGACAUCUUAUUUAUAUAGGAAUUUUGGCGUUCUGUCUUUCUGAGUGGUAAAUCUCUCAGUGACUCUAGUAUUAAAGUCAUUUCACUCAUGUUUUGUUAAUCUUUUCAGAUAAACGUUUCAUGUCCCUAACUCCUGAAACAGUCCAUGUUGUAUCUGUCUUUUUAAAAAGUAAGCAAUGAGAAGCAAAAUACGGCAUUUGCAUGACUGCAUGCAGAUAGCCAAGCCUUUCUGCUGUGCCAAUUACAGAAGAAGCCUUGCAUGUAGAUUUGACCUUUUUUGCUGGCCUGUUGUGUGAUUUUGAUGUCUGCUUGAUCAGGGCCAAGUUCUUUGAUUUGUAGUUUCUCUGCUAAGGUUGGAGAAGAGAUCUUGAAUUGAAUUUGCAGGUGGCUAAAAUCCCAUAUCUUCAUUAUGCAUGCUCAUCAUUGUCAAUAGCAGUUUUUGUGUACGCUGGCAAACAACAUCAGAUGUCCCAACUCCACUACUGGUCUCUGCUUGGGGUGAUAAAUUAAUCACCUUUUAGGCUGAUUGGCUAAAUUUACAUUGCUAUGUGGAUAUCUUUUGUCAGUGAUUGGCUACACUACUGCAACAACUGGGUGAUUGUUCUAGUGAACACAGUACCCCAGAAGAGAUAUUUAGAGAGAGGGGGUGAUUAUAAAGUGAAGUUCACUCAGAUUUGAUUAAUUAUUAUUAUAUAUUGCACACUAUUAUUUCAAACACACGCAUUCAUAAAAUGAGUAAUUAUUGUUUAUUUUAAAAAUUCAUAUUUUGGAAACCAAACUUAAAAACACUUUGGAGCAGGGAAGGUUCAGCACUAGCGCCCUCUAUUGACCGGCUGCCACUGUUUAAUAAUAGGUUUAUUUGACUGGAUUGCAAGCAGCCCAGUCUUUUUUGCUGGUGGUGUGAUUGAGGCCUGAAAAGGACCGGUGCAUCGUCCACCACAUCUGCUUCUUGUCUUACCCCUAGUUCUACAGCCGUAAUCACUGGCUCCCUGGGAACCUAAACUGGGCUGAUUAAAUUUAUCCCUCAGUACAUGCAGGACUACAGUGACUUUGGCAAAAUAGACGCACUCGUAAGAAAAAUAAAAUGGCCUUGCAGGAAGACGUAAAAAAAUUUCAGCUUCUUCCAGACACAUGUUAGAAAAACAACUAAUGUCAGGAUGAGAUUCCUUGGGUAAGACAAUGACGGAAUAGAUGCAUAGAAUGUUCUUAUAAAAAAAGUAUUGCAAACUUAGACUACAGCAAUUAGGGAUAGACAGUGUUUGACAUUUAGGCUUUGGGCGGUGGGGGUCGGUGGGCUGGAGUUUAGGGGCAGACAUUUUCACAACCAUACUUCUACAAAUUCAUAGAUAGAUACACCAUAUUCCAAGUCACAUAACAUAAACUGUUUGUGAAAUAAAGUUACAGUAUAACCUAACUCUCGCAAUAACAGGUUUAAAACCUUGAAAUUCUGAAAAAGUACACAAGCUAUAAUGAAACUGAAAGGACUGAUGACUUCUUUUUUUGGGCUUAAUGUACUUGAGCCAAAGUAAACACUUUUUUACUUUUAAACAAGUUAGAAGAUGCACGCAAUGGUGGAGUAAUACGGAGGCAUUGUGGAAUUGAAUUAACUUGAGUUAGGUGGACUGUGGAGGUGUGGGUAGGCAUUUGUGUGGUUAUAAUAUGAUGGACUAGUGUCCUGUCCAAGGAUGGUUUCAGCCUUGUUCCUUAUGGUUGCUGGGUUAGGCUCCAAUUUCCCUGUGUCCCUGCUUAAAUAAGUGGGUUUAAACCAGGGGUAUCCAACUCUGAUCGUGGAGAGCUAAAGUGGCUUCAGGUUAUCCUUUCUGCUAUAAUUUUAUGUCAAUGACCAAUUUAUACUGCUAGUUAACUCUUUUCUCUUCAUUUUAAUCGACUUCUGAUUUAACACUCACAUCCCUUAAUUGCUUUUCUUCCUUUAAUUAGCAGCCAAAUAAUAAUGAGAUACAAAAUGAGCCAAUGCAUGACCUACAAACCUGUGUCCAUCCUACAAUAUCUGAAAAUAUAGAAAAGGAAAGGUAUCUGUGUGUUAUAACCCCGUCACUCAACCCAGAUUGCGAUUUGCUCAAUGCUGAUGACCCUUUCGAUGUUACACUUGCCGGCAUUAGAAAUUUUGCAACAGAAGUAAUGUUUCUAAAGUAAUUAAACAUCUAAUUUUAUGUAUUCUUGUUUUUGUUUUGUAAAUAAACGAAUGUAAAAAACAGUGAAGUUUUUCUCUUGCCUGUGCCUGCGUCGGGGAUAUAACACACGAGUGCCUGUGGCGGGGUUAUAACAUAUGAGUACCGGUCUCAGUAUUGUUGCUCUGCUCAAGUCCACAAAACAUUUUGACAGUGAUCUCAAAAAUGGAAAUCAACUGCUUUGCAGAUCUCUGCUGUGUUAGAAUGAGAGUCAAUAACAAGAACUGGCUUCCAAUUAAGAAACUGGCGUGAAAUUGGUUGGAGUUUGAGACCCCCGACUUAACUGGCCAUCUGUUGAUUUAUUUCGCAUCUCAUUUUUGUUUUGGCUACCAUUUAAGGAAAAAGGAAGCAAACCAGAAGACUGGGUCUUUAAAACAAGUCAUUUAAAAUGAAGGGAAAAUAAGUUAAUUAACAGCAAAAAUUGGUUACCAAUUAGAAAGUGAUAGACCAAGAUCAGAAAAUGGAUGCAUUGAUGGAAAGUUGGAGCAUAAUUCAUUUGUUCUUUACUUCAUUAAAGAGACAUUUUUGUUUAUUAAA